CAGCUGAUUUCGCCGGCAGUUUGAAAGAAGACGUGACGUGAGUUACAGAGCGUGCAUCCACUGUGAAAGUGAUUUUCUGCGGUUUUCGCUGCUUUAAUUUUGUUUGUGAUUGAAUUUUGAAAUUGUGCUUACUCUAUUCUGAAGAGAUGUCGCUGGUUCCAUACCUUGUGAAUGAACUGCUGAGUGAACUGGAUCGUCCGGCGUACGAUCAUCACUGGGGCUACCACCCUUACGAGCGCCUCAGCAUCACUCCUCUGCGCACCGGCUACCUGCGACCCUGGCGCGCACUGAGACAUGACAACAGCGGCGUGUCUUCUGUCGUUAGCGACAAGGACGGCUUUAAAGUCAGCUUGGACGUCCAGCAGUUCAAGCCGGAGGAGUUGUCUGUCAAGGUGGUUGAUGACUACAUCUGCAUCGAAGGUAAACAUGAAGAGCGCAGUGAUGAGCAUGGGUUCAUCUCCCGUCAGUUCACCCGUCGGUACAAGUUGCCAGACAAUGUAGACAAGGCUGCUCUGACCAGCUCUCUGUCAUCUGAUGGCGUUUUGCAGCUACAUGCACCCAAGCUCGCCCUGCCCAAUGCCAAGGAACGCCCCAUCCCCAUUACUCAGACCAACCAGCCAGCUAUCAAACCAUCUGACAAGAAAGAAGAGAAGAAGUUAGAGAAAAUGGAAAGUUAAAUCCCUAGGCCUAAGUAAUUUUGAAUCGAUCAAAUGUGUGUUGUAUUAGUGUUUAUCUGAACACUCUUGCGAGUAUUGUUUCUGUUUAAUGUACACUAUUAUAUUUGUUGUUCCUUGAGAUGGAGUAAGUUUGGUUCCUAAAUUAAGUAUUCUCAGGAAAUCAAAGUGCUAUACUUUAUUUGUAAGUUAAGACUGAAUGUAGUAUUAUUUAAGCUUUUAUACUUUAAUAAAGUUGUUUAUACAGUAAA